UAACAUGCAAAGCAUAUCCUUCUCCUUCCUCACAAACCCUAAUCAACCACAUCAAUUUCUUAAAGAUUCCUUUCACACUCUGUUUUCAAUGAAUUCAGUCCAUCAAGAUUGACUACUGCUACUUCACCACAGCUUCUAAUCCAUAUAAAACUCUUGAAUAAGUUGAUGCCAUGGCUAGCUCCGGUGACACCACCGUAGCCGGUAAGUCCUCCGACGUUUACGACCCUCCAUCUAAACCUCUACUCUCUACCUACAUCGAUGAAUUCCAUCAUCACCACCACACUCCUCCACCAUCUGAAUCGGACCCAUCGUCUUCAUCUCACUAUCCCGCGAACAUCACUUAUAAUUACCACUCACCCCGGCCCAUCAAAGACAUCCCUUUCCUUCUCUUUUUCCUCCUUCUCGUCCUCUCCGCUUUUGCCUUUGGUAUCUUUGCUUCAAUCAAUAAAAACCCUAACCCCCCUUCCUCCGCCUCUGCUUUUGUCUAUGAUAUCAGUUCCGAUUCUUGCGUCAAAGGCCGUAGAAGCUCCAUUUUCGGGGAGAGGGUUUUGUUUCUCAAUUUAUUAGGAUCUAAUUCUCAUUAUAUUUUGAAGAAUUUGAUCUGGACACUUGUAGUUACUUUGAUUUUAAGCAUACCCAUUUCUUUGUUUGUACUCUUUUCACUCAAGCAUUUCGCCAAACAGUUGGUAUACAUUUCACUACCCUUUUUUGUGAUAGUUCCAAUCUUCUUGAACUUGUAUUGGUUUGUUGCCUGUACUAUUAGUUCAACUUGUAGCGAAAAGUUCCCUUUGGGUUACAGGAUCAUAGUGCUGGUGUUUGUGCUUUUGGUAAUUGGGGUGAUUGUGUGGAUACUUGUGGUGAAUUGGAGUAGGGUUGAGUUGACUGUGAGGAUAAUUAGGGUAGCUUCGGAUGCGUUGUCUAACAACUUGGGGUUAUUCGUGGUGCUUCCCGGUUUGAUUUUGGGCUUGCUUGUUUAUUAUGCGCCAAUCGUGGUGUUCAUGGUGUUUGCGAGAUUGAAUGGGGAAAUGGUGCCUAGAGAAAAUCAUGGAAUAGUUUUUUGUGAGUGGAAACAAGAUAGUUGGGUUCCAGCUUACUAUGCUUUGGCGAUUCUUACAAUGUUGUGGUCUGCUGCUGCAAUGGUGGAAGCACAGGCGUAUGUAAUCAGUGGGACCAUUGCUCAGUGGUACUUCUUGAAAGAGGAUUCAAAGGUCAAACGGAGCAUACGAAGUUCUUUGAGAAAUGCAUUUGGUCCCUCCUUUGGAACAGUAUGUUUUUCUGGACUGUUGAUUUCUGUUGUACGAAUGGUACGUGCUGCUGUUGAUAGUGCUGCAAAUGAAGAUGCCAGUGGGAUGGUCAACCUCAUCCUCCGAUGCUGUGUCAAUGCACUACUAUCGGCAUUUGACUUUCUGAACAAAUUCACCAUAAAUUUUGCAGCCAUAACUGGUGAAGCAUACUGUGCCUCUGCCAAGUUGACAUAUGAACUUCUAAGACGUAAUCUUCUCUCGGCUGUUGUUGUGGAGACAGUAUCCACUCGUCUGUUGGCUGGAAUCACCUUUGUUCUAUCAGCAAUAUAUGCGAUCGUGGUCUGUGUGAUACUAAAGUAUGGAAGUGAUCUAGGGGCAGAUUCGUAUAUUGUAGCUGCGAUGGCAUUUGUAGUGGUGCUAAUCGUUCUUGGGUUGCUUGUACAUGUGCUGGAGAAUGUGAUAGAUACGGUUUACAUAUGCUACGCGAUAGACAGAGACAAAGGAGAGGUAUGUAAACCGGAUGUUCAUGAGAUAUAUGUCCAUCUACCGAUUAGUAGGAAUCAUCAUAAUCUAAAUGCUAGAACUUCUCCACUUCUUGUAUGAUUGAUGUUAUUGUUUUUUGUACAACACAAAUUCUUUUUGUCUGUUGAAUAACCAGCAUCAUAAGGUGCCUCCACCCACAACCACAUUUUCUCAUUUUGGUUUGAGGAUUGAAGUACUAAGUGUAGUGGUGUUGUUGUAUGGAUGUAAUCAUGAUAUCAUUUCAUACAAAAACUUGUUCAA